AGCUGCCGCCACCAACCUGUCACCAACAGCUAUUCUUGCCACGUUCCGGCCACCAUCCUAAUGCCUAGCUCGUCGAGCUUCCUACGGCGUUGGCGGCGGCUAUUGGGCUCCGAGCCAGCUCUAACGAGUGUGGUGACGUGUCUCACGUCGCGCGAUGCUGUGUGUGUGCUGGUGUUUGCACUGGACGCGCAGUAUGAGGCGUUGGUGCGCUUCCUGUACGCACACGAGCGUCUGCUGUCCUUGGGCGACGCGUCGCGUCGCUUCAAGAGCGUUCUACACUGUGCUGCGGCGCACGGCUGCGCAGAGGUAGUGCAACGGCUUCUUCGCUUCCGACUGAGUCAUAGCACGCUGUUAAGCGUAGAGAAACCAGCGAGAGAUGUCAUCUGGAAGCCUGAGGACGCCUCUGAUAGGGCCAAAGCGCUAGCCUGGAGCUCACGCAACGUCCCGUACGAAUUUCCAGCCGAGGUCAUGUACGAGGCCUCGAGACAGGGAAACCUAGAGGUGGUGCAGUGGCUGGACUGCUGCUGCAAAUACGAGAGAGACAGAGCCAUGGAGUACGCUGCCUCAGCCGGACGCCUCGAAGUCGUCAUGUGGCUGUUCGACCAGGAGAAAAAACAGGAGAAACAGGACACAGACGUGGUCAUCUACAUGGUUCAACCACUCGAGGCCAAGCUGCAAGUGCUCAAUUGGGUGACCGUGAUGCCGAAGCGGAAAUGCUUUCGAGAGGUCUUCGCCUCUAGGACAGGACUACUGGCCGAUGCCUACGACCAAAGAGAUCCGUUGCUGUCUUGGGAGGAUCCUGAAGCACUCGGUACUUCCCUUGGACGACGAAAGUACAGAGCAAUCGACACAGCAGCAGCACAGGGAGACUUGGCCAUGGUCAAGAAGCUCCACGAGGACGGAAGAUGGCCGUGUACCAGUCUCGCAAUGGACAUGGCAGCAGCAAACGGACACUUGGACGUGGUCAAGUUCCUGCAUGAAAACCGACGCGAAGGAGGCACAGCUGUGGGUAUGUGCAGUGCUGCAGGCAACGGACACUUGGAGAUAGUGCAGUGGCUACACCAGAACCGCAGCAGCGACGGAUGCCGCUCGUUGGUGCUGGAUCUGGCGGCCACUAAUGGGCAUGUGGACGUGCUGCGAUGGCUCGUGCCUCGCUUUCCUCGGUUUUCCUGCUCGCCUGCGUUCAUGCCCAGUGUGGCAGCGCAGGGAAACAUCAAGACGCUUCAAUAUCUGCAUAAAGACAUGAGGAUGUCAGUGGACCAGCGUACACUGGAAGCUGCUAUUGGAUCGGGUCAUUUCGAACUUGUCAGAUACAUUACAGAUCGGAUUCCAGUAGAACAGAAGCAUACGUUGUCCCCCACGGCGGCUGAGAAGGCAGCGGCUAGCGGUAACGUCGACGUUUUAGCCUUCGUCGUCGAGCGACUUGGACUGUGGUCACCUCAAGUGUUGAUUGCUGCAGCUCCUACUGGGAAUGUUGAGAUGGCAGAAUGGAUUGAGAAGCGAACGGAUAGUCCUGUCGAAGAAGAAGAGGAGGAGGUUGUGCUAGUACGAGAGCGUCGAGACCGUGCUGCCACCUCCAACGCCAUCGAGUCAAUGGUUUCUGAUUUGUCUGCUGCGUCGUUCAAGCGGCGAUCGUCGUACGAUAAUCUCAGCUCGGCUGAGUGUGCACGGCCACUGAAUGUCGUGGAUGGAAGCACACUGUAUCGCUGUGCGUCUCUUGGUCACUUUGACAUGAUCGAGUGGUUGCUUCAGAAGAAGUUAGCGUCUCCAAGCUUCGCGCUAUCGAUGAAGGAGCGCGAGAUUGUUCUACGCUCUGUUGUUGGACGAGGAACACCCGACGAGGAAGCGCUGGAGAUCGUCGCUCUCAGCAGUGAUACAAACGGUGCUACUACACCAACUGAGCCUGCUGUCACUACACCUACCAACGGUAGUGAGCUGGGACCUGCAAUCAAUACGGGUGCCAAUCGCAUUGCCGGGGUCCGAACAACUACUGCCGGUAAACGCCCUGGCUUCGACCCAUUUGCGUGGGCCCUUCCAGCCAAGACGAGUCCAUAUUGGCAGACCAAGUUCGUACGUCUCGCGGUCAAGUACUGUCCUGAGUCAGCAUUAAAUCUCGAGUGGAUGCCGCUCUGGGCUGCGCAGCGUGGAGAUCUGUUCGUGUUGAAACAACUGUACAGUGUUAAGCACCCGCAGUUAUUCACACAACAGACUUUCACUGCCAUCAUGCGGUACACCAAGGCUGGAGAUGCUCUUCAAUGGUUCCAGACACACAGCUCGACGCUGAUGGGCGAUUCGUCUAUUGUAGAGUGGGGUGUCAAGUACAGACAGUUCGCGUACCUCACGUACGUCUUCCUCAAGUUCCAACCGGUACGCACUGAGGAGCGUUUCCGGCAACAUGGAGUGGAGUACGCACUUCACGUGGCGUGUGCUAUGGGCCACUUGGACGUCGUGACUUGGAUCUGUGGCAACUGCGAGAUUUUCCUCAACGUACCGGCUGCAGAACUGCACGCUAAACUAGGCAGACUCUCGAUCUGGAACGACGCAUUGAUUGCAGCGGCGCGUUGGGGACAGAUCGGGAUACUGACGUGGCUGCACGAGAAGUUCACGUUCUUCCGUAAAGUUCCAGAUAGUUCGCGCAAGAGGAAGCUUAUCCAGACGAUGGCGGAUGCUGCUGCUGGUUACGGUCAAAUCCGUGUGCUACGUUGGCUCCAAGUUACGGUGGUUCCCCAAAUUACAGCCAAGAUGGAGAAGGAGUCGGAGACUGCCACUGAUCCAGUCGUGGUGGAGACCAGCUUCGUGUCUACUGAAGGACUGCUACAGGCUAUGGUGAAUCGCCAUGUUGACGUAGUGCAGUGGGUUUGCGCUGUGGACAUUGAUCUCGUCAGUCGACAGACUGCACAAAGGCGCGCGGAACUCGCGACCUUCCUCCGGGAGGAGGCCGACGGAUUCGUUCCGUCCAAGUUAGGAUUCGUCUUCCCGCCACUGUGAAGCACUGGGGCGAGUUUUGACGUGUUUUCUGCUGAAAUGCAGAUACACUACAACGCUUUACAGAGCGUUAUUCAUGUACAAUCAAUACAUUUGUUCGAGAGAGGGCCUGUCUUCAGGUGUACGUGUAUCCUAAUAGGAUUCUUAUCUAUGAUGGCGC